AUGGGCCGAAAAGUACGAAGAUUAUUUAUUCAACUAAUCUUCUUUCUCUGCAUUCUCCUUUGCAUCUUAUACCUAAACCGCCCGCAAUCAACCAAGGCGAAACUCUUUGCCUGGACCAAAAUUCGCUACAAAACAACCUUAUCCAUCAUCCCGGAAGCCCGUGGAGCCUGCCCCGGUCUAUCAGAAACAACGAAACCAGCCCUGAUAGUCUCACAUGUCUCCACAGAUGGCGACCCAUCCUGGCUAGAACCCCUCCGCACCAAGUACCAUGUAUGCAUAUACGAAGUGGACGCGCCAGCAGACAAAACCUCCAAACUACUCCAAGUCCCCGCAAACCGCGGACAUGAAGCAAUGGCCUACUUAACCUUCCUAAUCGACAACUACGCGGACAUACCAUCCGCCGGCGCAGUCUUCGUGCAUGGCAGCCGCUGGGCUUGGCACAAUGACAUCCCAGACCACGACAACGCUGCCCUCCUACGCAGCCUGGACGUCCGCGCCGCGCUGAAACCAGCCGGGUAUAGCAACCUGCGCUGCGACUGGAGUGGCGGAACGUGUCCUUCUUCCGUGUCGGCGCAGGGCAGUCUCAAGGUGAGACUGUCGAGCGCUGUGUCGCCGUGGAAUCCGCGCUCGGCAUCGGAUAUGGCGCUGCCAAAGGCACUGGGCCAUAUAUUUGGCGGGGAUGCUGAUGCACGUGUCGAAGAGAUUCGUAAUGCUUUCCAUCUUCGGCUUGGUCGGAAUGAUGCCGUGCGCGCGCAGUGCUGUGCGCAGUUUGUUGUUUCCCGUGAGCGGAUCUGGCAGCAUGGUCGGGAUGAGUAUAUUGCGCUUCGGCAGUGGUUGCUCGAUGGGAGUGACGAUGGAGUUGCUCGGAAUGUCCAGCGGGGGGUCUAG